CAACGCAUUCGUGUUCCGUUUGACAAUUGUUACAAUUAUUUUAUCAUCUCGACUGAGUAGUACAGAGUUAUAAACUUUACAAGUCACAAAAUGAAUCCAGAAGACGUCCGAUCCGAGCCAAAACUUGUCUUCAAAACCGCUUCGCUUAACCCCAACUCCAAAACAAUCGUGAAGAAACGGGCCUGGAAAUCUCUGAAACAAAUAAUCUCGACGGAGAAGGCGCUUCCCUGGCCGGACAACGUAGUGCACUACAGCUCCAUAAACGCGCCCCCGUCAUUCAAACCAGCGGAAAAAUUUUCAGACUUGUCGGGGCUUCCGGCUCCGUACACUGACCCCCAAACUAGACUGAGAUUUGCCAAUAAAGAGGAGUAUGCAACGCUUAUUGCCCUUCCCAUGGACAUAACUGCGGGUUAUUUGGCGCUACGGGGGGCAAGUAGUAUCGUAGGGUAAAGAAAUGUUUAUUUAUUUACACAUACAACAACAAAUUAUUCAACGAUAAUUUUACUAGCAGGUGAUUGUAAUUGCGCUACGAAAUAGAGCUUGUCUGAUUUACAUAUUUGCCAGUCGUAUGUGACCUGUUUAUCACAAGUGUCAAUGUUGACUCUGACUUUGUCAUCGUGAAUCAACUCACACAUGAAACAAAUCUACAAAAUAAAAUUUAGUAUCGAGA